UAAUAAUUUGAUGACGUUGAUAAUUACAACAACUAACCAAAAAAAUAAUUACUCUCAUUUUAAAAAAUCAACUUCCAAAUGUUGAUAAUCUAGUAGUUUAUUUUUAAAUAAAUCUAUUAUUUAUUUUUGCCAGCGUAGAUUCAAAUAAAUAAAAUAAAUACGUAAGAGACUUAAAAAUAAAUUAUUUAAAAAUAAUUAUUUAAAAAUGCACACGGUAUUUACAAGAGCGAAUGCAAUAUUGGCAUACACUGUAAGUGUUGCCGGUUUUUUAACAUUUUUCUGUUUCCUGUCAACUGUUUUUCUUGACUAUCGUGCUGUUGCUAAUUUAAAUACCGUCAAAGUUGUUGUAAAAAAUGUCCCAGACUACAGCGCGUCGAGAGAAAAAAAUGAUCUAGGAUUUUUGACAUUUGAUUUACAAACUGAUCUCACUCCAUUAUUUAAUUGGAAUGUAAAACAGCUGUUUCUUUAUUUGACUGCGGAGUAUAAAACUGAAGCCAAUCAUAUUAAUCAGGUCGUAUUAUGGGACAAAAUAGUAUUGCGUGGUGACAAUGCAGUACUUGAUUUUAAAAACAUGAAUACGAAAUAUUAUUUCUGGGAUGAUGGUAAUGGUCUGAAGGGUAAUAAUAAUGUGACAUUAACGUUAUCUUGGAAUAUAAUACCAAAUGCUGGAUUAUUACCGAGUGUCAAUGCAUUUGGGUCUCAUACAUUUGCAUUCCCGCGAGAAUAUACAAAUUCUCGGGUUUAAAAUUAUAAUUAAUUAUUUAAUCAAUUAAUUAUAAAUAAUUCGUACAUUUAUUAUGGAUAAUUAAUGUUAAAUAAAUUUAAUUUAAAAAAAAAAUAAUUAAUAAUGCAUUUAAAUUUAAAUUAAUUAGUGUCUCUGUACAUUUUUAUUGAUAAUAAAAUUUUUAAAAAUUUG